CACCCAUCCACUUCCGCCUCCACGUGACCCAAACAGAUUCGGGCACUUCCGCUUCCUCUAGGCUUUCUUCUCGUCGGUGUCCAGGGCCGGUCCGGAGCCAGUCCCCGCGGAAGCGGUGGUGGCGGCGUCAUGGCGGAGCUGACGGCUCUGGAGAGUCUCAUCGAGAUGGGCUUCCCCAGGGGACGCGCGGAGAAGGCUCUGGCCCUCACAGGGAACCAGGGCAUCGAGGCUGCGAUGGACUGGUUGAUGGAGCAUGAAGACGACCCAGACGUGGACGAGCCACUAGCGACCCCCCUUGGACAUAUCCUGGGACGGGAACCCACACCCACUGAGCAAGGACCUGAGUCUGUUGUGGGAGAAAGCAAACCCGUUUUGACUGAAGAGGAAAGACAGGAACAGACUAAGAGGAUGUUGGAGCUGGUGGCCCAAAAGCAGCGGGAGCGUGAAGAGAGAGAGGAGCGGGAGGCACUGGAACGGGAACGGCAGCGCAGGAGACAAGGGCAAGAGUUGUCAGCUGCCCGACAGCGGCUACAGGAAGAUGAGAUGCGCCGGGCUGCUGAGGAGCGGAGGAGGGAAAAGGCUGAAGAGUUAGCAGCCAGACAAAGAGUCCGAGAAAAGAUCGAAAGGGACAAAGCAGAGAGAGCCAAGAAGUAUGGUGGUCAUGGGGGUUCUCAGCCAUGCCCACCAACAACAGAGCCAGGCCCCGUUCCCUCCUCUCCCGGCAAGGAGCCUCCCACGAAGCGAGAGUAUGACCAGUGUCGCAUACAGGUCAGGCUGCCGGAUGGGAGCUCACUGACCCAGACAUUCCGGGCACGGGAACAGCUGGCAGCUGUGAGGCUCUAUGUGGAGCUCCACCGUGGGGAGGAGCUAGGAGGGGGCCAGGAUCCUGUGCAGUUGCUUAGUGGCUUCCCCCGGCGGGCCUUCUCAGAGGCUGACAUGGAGCGGCCUCUGCAGGAGCUGGGACUCGUGCCUUCUGCUGUCCUCAUUGUGGCCAAGAAGUGUCCCGGCUGAGAGGCCUUUAUCCCACCAUCCUUCUCUGACCUCUCUUCAUCUUUGAUAAAGCACUGACAUUACCUUCCUAAUAAAUAGACCCUCUGAGUUCUGUA